AUGGGCUGCAAGUUUCAGAGAAGGGAAUGGUAUUUAGAGUGGGUUUUGAAGAAUGGAGAGGCCAUGAAUAUUGUGGUUCCCUUCAUGUUUAAAUAUGCUGUAGACAGCCUCAACCAGAUGUCGGGAAACAUGCUGAACCUGAGUGAUGCACCAAAUACAGUUGCAACCAUGGCAACGGCAGUUCUGAUUGGCUAUGGUGUAUCAAGAGCUGGAGCUGCCUUUUUUAAUGAAGUUCGAAAUGCAGUAUUUGGCAAGGUAGCCCAAAAUUCAAUCCGAAGAAUAGCCAGAAAUGUCUUUCUCCAUCUUCACAACCUGGAUCUGGCUUUCCAUCUAAGUAGACAGACAGGAGCUUUAUCAAAAGCUAUUGACAGAGGGACAAGGGGUAUCAGUUUUGUCCUGAGUGCUUUAGUAUUUAAUCUUCUUCCCAUCAUGUUUGAGGUGACUCUUGUCAGUGGUAUUUUGUAUUAUAGAUGUGGUGCCCAGUUUGCAUUAGUAACCCUCGGGACACUUGGUGCAUACACAGCAUUCACAGUUGCUGUUACACGGUGGAGAACUAGAUUUAGAAUAGAGAUGAACAAAGCAGAUAAUGAUGCAGGUAAUGCUGCCAUAGACUCACUGCUGAAUUAUGAAACUGUGAAGUAUUUUAAUAAUGAGAACUAUGAAGCACAAAGAUAUGAUAGAUUUCUGAAGACAUAUGAGACUGCUUCAUUGAAAAGUACCUCUACUCUGGCUAUGCUGAACUUUGGUCAAAGUGCUAUUUUCAGUGUUGGUUUAACAGCUAUUAUGGUGCUCGCCAGUCAGGGAAUCGUGGCAGGUACCCUUACUGUUGGAGAUCUAGUAAUGGUGAAUGGACUGCUUUUUCAACUUUCAUUGCCCCUUAACUUUCUGGGGACUGUAUAUAGAGAAACUAGACAAGCACUGAUAGAUAUGAACACCUUGUUUACUCUACUCAAAGUAGACACUCGAAUUAAAGACAAGGCAAUGGCAUCUCCCAUUCAGAUCACACCACAGACAUCUACGGUGGUCUUUGAUAAUGUGCAUUUUGAAUAUGUUGAGGGGCAGAAAGUCCUUGAUGGAGUAUCUUUUGAAGUCCCUGCAGGAAAGAAAGUGGCCAUUGUAGGAGGUAGUGGGUCAGGAAAAAGCACAAUAGUAAGGCUGUUGUUUCGCUUCUAUGAGCCUCAAAAGGGUAACAUUUACCUUGCUGGUCAAAAUAUACAAGAUGUGAGCCUGGAAAGCCUUCGGCGGGCAGUGGGAGUAGUACCUCAGGAUGCUGUCCUCUUCCACAAUACUAUUUACUACAACCUCUUAUAUGGAAACAUCCAUGCUUCACCUGAGGAAGUGUAUGCAGUGGCAAAAUUAGCUGGACUCCAUGAUUCAAUUCUUCGAAUGCCACAUGGAUAUGAUACACAAGUAGGGGAACGAGGACUCAAACUUUCAGGAGGAGAAAAGCAAAGAGUAGCAAUUGCAAGAGCCAUUUUGAAGGACCCCCCAGUCAUUCUCUAUGAUGAAGCCACUUCAUCAUUAGAUUCGAUUACUGAAGAGACUAUUCUUGGUGCCAUGAGGGAUGCAGUCAAACACAGAACUUCUAUUUUCAUUGCACACAGAUUGUCAACAGUGGUUGAUGCAGAUGAAAUCAUUGUCUUGGACCAGGGUAAGAUAGCUGAACGUGGUACCCACCAUGGUUUGCUUGGUAACCCUGGCAGUAUCUAUUCAGAAAUGUGGCACACACAGAGCAGUCGUGUACAGAACCAUGAUAACCCCAAAUGGGAUGCAAAGGAAGAAAAUAUGUCCAAAGAGGAGGAAAGGAAGAAACUACAAGAAGAAAUUGUCAACAGUGUAAAAGGCUGUGGAAACUGUUCCUGCUAA